UGAAUCGACGUUUUCGCCAGCGGUAGUAGCAGUCCCUGGGCAGGCAGAAUGCAACUGCGUGGUGACACGGAACGACGGACCUAGUUCGCUAAAUUUGGACACACGUGCAAUUUCUGAACACGUGUGGGUCGAGCGACCACGUGGGCCGCGUGUACAGAGAAACAAGUGCUGCACAUCGUCCGGUGAGUGCAUUCAGAAAAAACUGUGAUAUAUCUCCACUAUCGGGCGAAAUGGCUCGUAGAGAAUGAAACACCAUUUUAGCCGAACGAGAAAUAAUCCAGAAGAAUCACUGCCAAUUGUCGAAUGAACGAAUAACUCGCUCCGAAAGCGUUAACCUUUGACGAUGGUAUUUUGAGAGAAAUAAACGUUCACGAGCUCGCAGUUAACUAAUGUUUCUUCCAGAAAGUCCAUUUUAACGUGUAUAGGAUAGAGGCAUAUUCGAAAUAUGUAAUGAGACAUAUCUAUGUAUUAGAGACAAAAAAAUGUGAUAUAGUUUAUAGUAAUUUACCAAUUUAUAGAAGACACUUGUAAGUAAAUUAGACAGGAACAUGUAUUGUUAAAUCAAAGACAAGAGCUGUAUCGCUAAAAGACUGAUAGCAUAAGGAAAUACGAGCAGGAAUUCUUAUCAGUUGACAUAACAGAGGUAUAGAGUUAUGGCCCAAGAAGAACCGAUAUCUAAGAAGCUUAAAUAUUCCGUCAUCUCGGAUCAUGUAUAUUCGUCUAACUUUCAACAACUUUUCCAUGACCAUUGGCACAAUUUCAGUGAUGUAAAGAAGGACAAUCUUGAGAUUAUAUCGAAACCCUUUAGAAUAUGCAAAAUUUCAAAUUUUUUAUCCAACGAAGAAUUCAUGGAUGAAAUAAAGAAUGAAUUGUUAGAUGUCAAAAGUAGAAGAAAUAGUAUAGAUCUUUAUCAGUUUGAGCAGACCAGCGAUCUUGCCAACAUCGACACUAAAAACUUGAAGCUUUUGUACAAAACUUUUCAAACAGACUUAGCGAUAUGGAUGGAACGCAACACUAAGAUAGAACUUAAUAACAAAAUAUCAAUGUCCAGCGCUUGCUAUUCCGAUACCGACUAUUUGCUUUGCCACGACGACAACAUAGGCGAUCGCAGAAUUGCUUUUAUAUUGUAUCUUUCAAAAAACUGGACCACCGAGGAUGGAGGAGCCUUGGAUUUAUUUGACACGGAUGACAAUGGAUUGCCUAGAAAUGUUGUAAGAUCGUUAGUACCGGAAUACAACUCUCUUGUAUUCUUUGAAGUUGUAGAUAAUUCUUACCAUCAAGUAGCUGAAAUAACUUCACCCGAUAAAUCUCGUUGGACUAUUAAUGGUUGGUUUCAUGGACCUCUUAAAGAAAGUACCAGGCCUCCAAGACCAGAUAUAGAAGUAAAUUAUAUAGAACCAAUUAAUACCCAGGUAGAUUUGGACAAUUGGAUAACAAAGUGCUACUUAUUUUCUGAUAUUGUUAAAGAAAUUCAGCAAGACGUAGAACAAGAAUCAUUUGCAUUUUUAUCUAAUUUUUUAAGAGAAGAUAUUUAUGAGAAAUUAUCAUCAGAUCUAUCAUCGACUGUAAUUGUUUGGCAAAAAGUUGGUCCAGCAGAUAUCCGCAAUUAUGAAGUAGCAAAAGAGGAGACCCUCCCUGAGCUACUGAAACAGUUUUACAAUACGUUUAAAUCUGUUUCUAUGUUUCAAUUGCUGAAGGACUACACAGAAUUGGAUCUUGUACCGGAUAAGGAGACCAUCAAACCCAAAAUGACCAUAGAACUGCAAAGGUGGUCGAAAGGUUGCUACACGUUGAUAUCCGACAAAUCUGCGCUUCCCAUGAGCGAAAAGAAAUCCAGUAGCAACGGAUGCACAAAUCAAAAUGAAGAGGGGCAAGAGGACUCGUCGGAUAUACCAAGGACGAGCAAAAGCGGUAAAAGCCUCCAAGAAAAAAUCAGCAGCGAUGACAAAAGCGCAGAGUCGGGUUGCGAUACUCCUCUAAGUAACAAAGAGGACGAGGAAAUCGACGAGGAUGAGAUACUGAAAAAGAUACUGAAAGGGAAAUCUCCCCGAUCGAAGAAGAAAAACUUAUCCCAGCAAUCGUCCUCGUCCAAAUUAGAGACUCUUUCGCCUCAAAAAUUAGGUAGGCUUUUGGACACCGAUGAUUCGGACGUAUCGGACAUAGGGGAUUACUUGUCGGAUCCUUUGGAUUGUUCUCUCGAAUGUUCCGAUCAGGAAGAUCAGGAAGACAUAGAGGAUACGAACGUUUCAGAACCAGGUGCUCUCGAUGUGAUAAUUCAAUUUCAUACGAAUCAUGUACCCGAGGACGACACGAUAGAUUACGUAGAUCCUAAAGAGCAAGAGGGUGCUCUGAUUCACGUACCUGCAAAAAACAACCACCUCUGUCUGGUCUACAAGACGCUGGGUACUUGUCGGCUUCAGAAAUAUGUGAAUCAUUACUGUAAAGAUUACUUUUACAAUCUGAUUUGUACAUAUUACGAAUAGUAAUUCCACUCGCUGGGUGUCCGAAUCGAUUGUGACGCGAUCCGCGGAUGACUUGGGAAUUGUAUAAUGAAUUGCGGACGAGAAGCGUGCGCCUUAAAAAAAUGUAUCAUAGUAUUCGUAUUAAUAAAAUUGUCAGUAUUUAUCGUCGGAUAUUUCUUGUUGUGUUCACUUUUAUCCUCGUAAAUUUACAUUGUACUAUACAUACAGUAUAGCUAUACAUAUAAUACAGUUGCCAAAGAUUUUCGAUCACGCUUGGGAUUUCAUCAUAUAUUUCGGAUAAGGUGUCUUUGUAAAAAAAGGGGGUUAUUGCACAAGAACAGUAUUCACUGGAUUUAUAAAAUAUGGUAUUGUUAAAGUAAUUGCAAAAAGAAUUUUAUUGCUAUCGAUUCAAACAAGGAAAGAGAUUGACAAAAGUUUCAAGUUAUAGAAUUAAACUGCAGUAAGCAAAGAAUGUAACAAAAAAUUCGACAUAAAUUUUUCAUAUGUCAAUGAAGUACGUUUAAUACUUGGUGCUACAACUUUUUAAUGCAAUUAGUGGCAUAACGUCGGAGCAUUGAAUCGGUCCGCACAAUCUUAGGUAUUUCCAAUAAUUUGAGAACAAAAAUUUGUUUAAUACAAUAGUUAAUUAGUGUUGAAUCGGCUAUAAAUUUUAAUAUAAAAAUUUUCCAAACAAAUCUUUUUAUUUUAUUAAAAAUAAAGUAACUUUUUACCAGUUACAAUGUUGUGAAUUUAACACAGUCCCAUUUUAUAUAAAAAAAGGUUCCUUUGGAAAUUGUUUACAUUAAAACUUGUAGCUAACAGAAUACUAAUUAACUUUCGUUGCAAACAUAUUGUUUUCAUCAAAUUAUCAUUAACUUGUUUAGUAGCCUUUUUUUUGCAGAAACCUUAUUUGAAGAAUGUGGUAAAAUUACAAUAUGGCCGAAAACUGUUGAUAGCGAUAGGAUCUCGUUGAAGUCGAUCGUUCUGUGGGAUAUUAAUUAGGAUGUUCGUGCUACUUAAGAAAACCACAGUGCAGAAAAGAAUUCUCAAUAAUUUAUUGGGUGUAAUACACAUUUCUAUUGCUUACGGUUAUGUUACGGAGCUAAUGUUAGGUGCAGUAAGGGUUCAUGCGUGGAUUUAGCUAUACUCUACUGUUUCUUUACGGUGCAAGAAAAGCUCGAGGGAAGAUUCAAAGCAAUCAACACAAUCCUCAUUUCGAAAUACAGUCUUCAAAUAUCAGAGAAAUAAUAAUAAUGUUAAGCUUACG